GCAGAAACUAAAAUUAAAAUCCCACAACAUUAUCCCAUCAUUUUACCAUUAUCAUUUGGAUUGAAUGGAGCCUAGUGUGCAGCUGGGAGGGAGAGCAAGUUGUCUGUCUGUGAGGUCACAGCUGAAGUCACAAAGUGUUGAAAAGGGCAAGGUUGAUAUGGGAACAGGAGGCUGUUGUGAGAUGGGGCUCAAAGAGGAAAAAGUCUAGGGGGGAAGGAGUGGGGCAAAGUGUAAUUUGGGGAACCAAGCAGGGGCCUGGAGCUAUCUCCAUCUUCAGCUCCAGAGUCCUUGGUUUCUGUCUGAGAACAAAUGGCACAGCAUCCCUGCCAGGAUCAAGAACCAAAGGCAGAAAUGACCUCCAAGCAGCAGAGAAGCACAUCCACAGAAGGGACAAUGAGAUCACAGGUGGGUAAGGAAAGACAGGUAACCAUCACUGAAACCCUGUGGGACCAGGUGCUGACAGUUUUUAAGGAUAUACAAAAGGAGCUGCAGGAAGAUGCUCAGAUUCGAGAUAAAAGAGCACCAUUCCAAGGGAUGAGCAACUGCUCCGUGACACCUAUGACAUCAGCACCCAGGACUGGAAGCGUAAGGCCUCCAGAUUCCUCCAUGACCCCAAAGUUGAGAAGAUUGCAGUUCAACUCUGGAGAGAAGCCAUCAGGAGGCUGUGUCCACAACCUGAAGACACAGCUCUUCAGUCAAUCACCUUACUACCCUGGACCCUAACUCUAUAACCAAGGAAGAAGGACAUCUCUGCUUCAGCCAGCACAGCUUCAGUUGCCUGAAAAGGGGAAGAUAUUAGCAGAUAUCAUCACUGAACCCAAAAGAGAGGGUGGUGCCCAUGAGUGGAGAUGCCAGGGCCUAUGGCUGAAACUGGGAACUUGGAAAUCAAGUGAGACCCAAGCACAUUCCAACUGCCAAAGCAAGGAAACCAGCAAACAAGCAGCUGAUGAAAUAAAUGUGACAUCAAAGACUUGCCCUCCUGGUUCUUCCUGGGCUGUGGAAUGGGCAGUGAUAAAAUUUCCAAGUAUGAUAGUGCAUUUGGUUCAAAGAACCGCACUGUAGCAUGGGAGAACCUGCACUGUUAUGUCAUCAACUCAAUCUGACUUUGUCUAAGUUUUUCUUCUUUGUGGGCCUCAGUUUCCUCUCCCAUAAAGUAAGUAGCUGUUACUAGAAAAUGCUGAAGGUGCCUUUCAUUUCCAAUAUCCUGUGAUCUGGAUGGUCUCACAGUCUACCAUUUAAACAUAGUUAUUCCCAGCCUGUGAAAAGACCACCUAGUCCAAAAGUAUUUCCUACAAGACAAGACUAUUUAGGAUAUUUGUCCAAGAUGGUAAUCUUUGCAUAUAUAAAAUAAAACAUAUUAUGUAACU